GCCCGCUUCCCCGCCGCCUCCCUGCGCGCAGAGCAGCGCCCCGACCGCCUCGCAGCAGGGCCGGGACGGAGCAGGCGAGCCGGGCCGGGGCCAGCAUGCGGGCGCGGGAUGGCUGAGUCCGGCCGCGGCGGCGCUCCGGGCGAGCCGGCAGGAAUGGUGGCGCGCUCGGGCUUGCUGCUGCUGCUGCUGCUGCUGCUGGGCGCCGUCGGGAGCCUCCCCGCGGCGCGGCUGCCGGGCGCGGAUCGGGAGGGCGGCUUGGCGAGACCACCGGCAGAUUACUUACGGAGUGAAACUGAUUUCCUUGAAGAACUAGUGUUCGGCAGUGGAGACACCGUUGAGCUUCUUUGCGAUACUCCAGGUUCUUCUAUGUCUGUCUUCUGGUAUAAAGAUGGCAUUGGGAUUUCGCCUACUAAUCGAACUCAUAUUGGACAAAAAUUGUUGAGGAUUAUCAAUGUGUCCUAUGAUGAUGCUGGCCUGUACAGCUGCAAGAUGAGGCACUCCCUUGAAAUGCUCCGGAACUUCACAGUUAGAGUAAAUGAUCCUCCAUCAUCGGGUGACGAUGAAGAUGACGACGAUGAGGCUGAAGAUGGAGCUGCCCCUUACUGGACUCGGCAGGAAAGGAUGGAACGGAAGCUUCUGGCCGUACCUGCUGCAAACACAGUUCGUUUUCGCUGCCCAGCUGCAGGCAAUCCUUCUCCUUCAAUACACUGGUUGAAAAAUGGCAAAGAAUUCAGAGGAGAACACCGCAUUGGGGGCAUCAAACUGCGGCACCAGCAGUGGAGCCUCGUCAUGGAGAGCGUGGUUCCAUCUGACCGAGGCAACUACACUUGUGUUGUGCAGAACAAAUAUGGCCGCAUUCAGCAUACUUAUCAACUUGAUGUUCUGGAGAGAUCACCCCAUCGUCCUAUCCUUCAGGCUGGACUGCCUGCCAACCAGACCGUGGUGGUGGGAAGCGAUGUUGAAUUCCACUGCAAAGUGUACAGUGACGCCCAGCCCCACAUCCAAUGGCUGAAACACGUGGAGGUGAAUGGCAGCAAAUACGGGCCAGAUGGGACUCCUUAUGUCACCGUCUUAAAGUCUUGGAUCAGUAAAAACGCUGAAGCCGAUGCUAACCUAAAUCUGUUCAGUGUGACAGAACAAGAUGAAGGCGAAUAUCUAUGUAGAGCCAACAAUUUCGUAGGCAGAGCCGAAAAAUCAUUUUGGCUCCACAUUCGCAAAUCAAACCCAGCAGAGGAGCGAGUGGCAGUGGAUGAGUCCAGCUCUGUUUACGCAGGCAUCCUGAGCUACGGGACGGGUUUUGUUCUUUUCAUACUGGUGGCCGUGGUGGUGAUUAUUUAUAGAAUUAAAAGGCCAACCAAAAAAGCCAUGAACGUCGCGACCAUUCAGAAAGUCUCCAAAUUCCCACUCAAGAGACAGGUAACAGUGUCUUUGGAAUCCAACUCUUCCAUGAAUUCCAAUACUCCACUAGUCCGGGUAACCCGUCUGUCCUCCAGUGACGGCCCAAUGCUGGCGCACGUUUCAGAACUCGAACUGCCUGCUGAUCCCAAGUGGGAAUUAGCACGAUCACGACUGACGCUAGGAAAGCCGCUGGGUGAAGGCUGUUUUGGUCAGGUAGUGAUGGCGGAAGCUAUCGGCAUCGAUAAGGAGAAACCAAACAAACCUGUAACUGUAGCUGUCAAGAUGCUUAAAGAUGAUGCCACAGAUAAAGAUCUUUCUGACUUGGUCUCGGAAAUGGAAAUGAUGAAAAUGAUUGGCAAACACAAGAAUAUCAUUAAUCUAUUGGGGGCCUGCACCCAGGACGGCCCUCUCUAUGUACUGGUGGAAUACGCAUCCAAGGGGAAUUUACGGGAAUACCUCAGAGCUCGUCGUCCCCCCGGCAUGGACUACUCCUUUGAUACUUGCAAGCUGCCCAAAGAGCAGUUAACAUUUAAAGACUUAGUCUCUUGCGCCUACCAGGUGGCUCGUGGGAUGGAGUACCUGGCAUCGCAGAAAUGUAUUCAUCGGGACUUGGCAGCUCGAAAUGUCUUAGUCACUGAAGAUAAUGUCAUGAAAAUUGCUGAUUUUGGCCUUGCUAGAGAUGUUCACAACAUCGAUUAUUACAAGAAAACAACCAAUGGUCGGCUUCCUGUGAAAUGGAUGGCACCAGAAGCAUUGUUUGAUCGGGUCUACACUCAUCAGAGUGAUGUAUGGUCUUUUGGAGUGCUGCUUUGGGAGAUCUUUACUUUAGGAGGGUCUCCGUACCCAGGAAUUCCAGUUGAAGAACUGUUUAAACUCUUAAAGGAAGGCCAUCGGAUGGACAAACCAGCCAACUGUACUCAUGAUUUGUACAUGAUCAUGAGGGAAUGUUGGCAUGCAGUGCCUUCGCAGAGGCCCACUUUUAAGCAGCUAGUUGAAGACCUGGAUAGAAUCUUAAUAGUGACCUCAACUGACGAGUAUCUUGACCUAUCGGUGCCUUUUGAGCAGUAUUCCCCCGUUGGCCAGGACACACCCAGUGCCUGCUCUUCAGGAGACGACUCUGUCUUCGAUCAUGAUCUUCUGACCGAUGAGCCCUGCCCACCAAAACAGCAAGCAAAUGGCACCAUCCUAACAUGAUGACAAACAAAUCUGGGAAAAAAGAGACUCUUGAAUGUAUCCUUUGGUGAGGCCAGGAACAAGCCCCAAGGAGCCAUUGAGCACAUAUUCUCCGGUUGUGUUAUUAAAAUAGUGAAGAAGCAUGGUUUGUCCUGAAGAAGCCAUUUCUCUUUUGCCAAGAGAGUUGUCUUCAAGCAAAUGGAGUGCUAUGUCCUAAUGGCUGCUGAGCCUUCAGGCUCUAGCCUGAGUGCCUUAGUCGCCUUUCUGUGCCUGCGCUAGGGGAGAAAGAAGGGGGAAAUUGUUUGUCUGCCUUUUACAAGUAAUGUUUGUGAAGAAUGUAGCCUUCUUUUCAUUAUGCAAUGAGUACAUGAACCUUUUUGGUGGAGAUCAAAAGCCACGUUGCUUGCAGGGAUUCAUACACUUGUAUAAGUCGAAUUUUCAAUAUAUUCGCUGUCAGUUUAGGAGGGACGUUACAGCCAUUCUGAAGUUAGUCACUUCGGCAAAACAUUCAUCUUUUAAAAGUUGCUUUGGUUUUCACAUGGCAGAGAAGAGCCAAUUCUUGCGCUAGAGGCAGGAAUGGAAUAAAUGAAAAUAUGCAGGUGGGAAAGUGCGAAGUAUUAGGGCUUUUCAGGGCUUAGUAAAUGGGGGUGGAAUGUUUUUGUAUACCAGCAUUUUGUGGUUAACUCUAAAUUCUUCCAGGGUAAUUGUUCAAAAUUCAUAAACGGGACUCAAAUCUUGGCUAGCUCCUAUGUUUAUAUCUGCCACUGUUUAGAAAACUGCAGGAUUUGGGGCCUAAAAGGUCCCCACAAAAGAUCCCUUGAAAUCUACUGAUUUCCCCACCUACCAACCAAUACUAGGAGGAAGUGAUUACGGGUACCUGUAGGCAAUCGUCUUUACAUAUCAAAAAGGUUUAUUCACUAGAAUUGUGUAUAUAACUAUAAAUAUGAGUGUGAGUGUGUGUGUAUAGGAGUCUAUAAUGUUAAUGCAGCUGACAGCAAGACCGAAAGAGAGAUUCUGCCAGUACGAAGCCUCCUAAUCUAGGAUAUACUGAUUUGGGCAAAGAGAUUUUCUUUAUACCUUGCCUGUUUUUUUAAAUUAUAUAGUAAUGUGAUGUAUAUUUGUAAAAUUAUUUAUAGAUAUUAACAUCUGUUUGGUUUAAAUGGUUUAGCAUUAAUGUAUACAUUAAUUUUUUUGCCAUUCGAAGUUUUAACUUAUUGAAAGUGGGAGAAGAUAUAUUAAUCAAGAUUUUUUUUUCUUUUGAGUUUACAGGAAAUAUUAAGAGAAUGUAUAGCUAGCUGUACAAUCACUUAACAAUAUUCAAUGCUGUGUAUUCUUUUUUUAACAAAGGAAAGUUAAUUCUAGAUUGCAGUGAAAAUUCAGCCUACAAUACAUUAGCGGAAAAGUCUGAACAAAUGGCAGCAGAAAUUAUUUUAACUUCUGUGUAAGUGCCAAGAAAACUUCUGUCACCUUUACCAUUGUGCAUUAAGGUGGCGUGAGUGCCUUUUUUCCAUUUUUUUAAAUGCAAGUAUUCUUUGUGGUUAAUAAAUAUGCAACAAGAACUGAAUAUUCACUGGAAAUGAUGAGUGUACAGUUGAACUUUUCUCUUGCCAGUCCACUUGUGUUUUAUGUUGGAGAAAUUAUAACUCAGUAAAAUAAUAUUUAAGUUUGAUGGCAGGGCUGGUUUGUGCAGUUUUUUGAGGCCUGCAUUUUCUUUGGAAGAAUGCCAGCUUCAGGCUAGAAAAUUAUUCUUUGGUUUUAUGUGCCCAGUAAGUUCUAUCAAAGUACUCCAUUCUAUGUCCUGAAUUUAUUGAGGGUAAGAGGACUAAGGGAAUUGUGUUCGGAAGAAGCUUUCAGUUCUUACUGCAUCUUGGUGUAGUGGCCUCAAGUGGUCUUUUCUCUUUCCUCUACUGAUCAGUUAUUUUAUCAGAAUGAAAGGGUUGCCGUGACCCCCAUUCCAGUGUUGGGUUGACUUUUUAAACACCAUAAGGGUUUUUAUCAAUAUACUUAAUUUAUAGUUUAGAAGUGUCAAAGAGGCGUUCUUUGAAAAAAAAACUUUCUGAGAUAAUUCUGAUAUUUUUCUUACCAUGUCUGUUAUUUGAGUACAUUCCGAGAAUCUGAAAAUUGCUAUUUCUAUCCAGAAUUAUGUACAAAUGCGUGCCUAAGUUAAUUCGAUAUUAUAAAUGUAUGUGCGCAUGUGCUGCACAAACCCACACACACAUUUAUAUAUAUAUAUAUAUAUAAUUUAUUGAGUUUUUAUAAAGAAGUAUUGGUUGCAAAUUAUUCUUACAUUAACAUUUCUUAUGCAGUUCUCAUAUAACUUUUAUAGCCAGGAUUUUAAAAUUUUAUUCUUUGAACCAAGAAGCUGCUCAUCAAAAUCUCAAUUGUGUGGCUUGUUACACCAGCAGUAAAAAAAAAAAAGAUUUAAUGUCUUCUAGUUGCUGUAUUUUAUUUGCUUGACAGUGCAACUGUGGAAGGUGUGAAAUAAAGUUUAUUUUUCUGUUUAUUUUGCAUUUGUUUUUCUGGCAAAAAAUAUAUAUAAAGGAUAAUUGAAUGCAAUUUCUCCUCUCCCUGUAUUGGAGUUCAUUUAAGAAUAAAACUUUGCUUUCAAAUUUUA